AUGUACACAUCAGCGCCGAGUGCGAUAUCCUUGCGUGGAUCCUUACGCAUCUUGGCUCCCCGCAAGUCCGCAGUAGCCAUCGACGAGUGCCGCGUUCGGUCUGACGACUGCUGGACGAGGCGGCUUGCUGCGCCUCGGCCGUCUACGCCGCCUUUGCUGCGGCGUUUGCGUGCCGGGCCUCCUUCCUACCUUGUCAACGUCCACCAAUUCCCCAUCCUGCUUCGCAGCGAUGGCUCUGUGCUCAAGGACGUCGACAGAGGCGCACUGCCCAAGCUCGGGCGUCUGCUGCCGUACCUUUCCGAGACGUUGGGAGGCGUGGCCGACGUCGACGUCCAGCGUCCAGAGCCCGGCUUCGACGGCUUCUACGUCUGGCAGAGCUACGACAUGCUUUGCAUGCAGGCCAAGCAGGGCUACAAGUCGAAGCAGCACUCGUCCAAGGUCUCACCGGCCAAGCGCAAGAAGCACCGGUUGGACUACUCCAAGCAAGCCAGGACGAAGAGGACCGACGAGCAGAAAGCUGCCGAUGCGGCCCGGCAGGGCCGCAACUACCACCGGCGCAUGGCCAACGAGCCUGCCGACAUCAGGGAGGCUCGGCUGAAGAAGCAGCUCAAGUACGCCCCGGCGUACCAGGUCAGCCGGCGCGACGACCCCGAGUUCAAGAGGAGGAAGAGCGAGAACGGCCGGCGAUACAGCAAGAAGAACGGCGAGGAGUUGAGGGCCAGAAAGAGGGAGCUCGCUGCCGCCAGAGCCGACGAUACCAACCGGCGCGGGUGA